AACUUUAUAACAGUAAAAAAACAAAAGCUCCGUCCACCACACAUAUAAUUUCCUUCCACUUCUCCUUCUCCUCCUCAUUUUCCUCCUUUUUUCCCCUUCCACCACCUAACACGCAAGUGGGAGUCGGAUACCCUAAAAUUUUAACAGAAAUUUUCCGGCGCCGGUAGCUCUCAGCUCGGAGAAAAUGGCGGAAACAGAGGAAGACGGAUCAAAUUGGCUUAUAGAAUUAGGGUUAAUGGAAGAUCUUCCUUCCCUUGAACCCAAUGCUCAAUGGCCCUCCAACGCUUUUUCCCUUCCAAAUAAUCUCAGUUCUGGAUUAGAAGAUUCCUAUGGCAACUCAGAUAGUUUGAAGGAAUGUGGCUCCAAAAAGAGGGUGAGAUCUGGAGCAUGUGCAUCUGAUUCAAAAGCAUACAGGGAGAAAAUGCGUAGGGACAAGCUGAAUGACAGGUUCCAAGAAUUAAGUUCUAUCCUGGAACCAGGAAAGCAGCCAAAAAUGGAUAAAUCUGUUAUCCUGGGUGAUGCAGUUCGUAUGGUGGUGCAGUUGAGAGAUGAAGCUGAGAAGCUCAAAGAGUCAUACAACAACUUGCAGGAGAAGGUUAUUGAAUUGAAGGCUGAGAAAAAUGAACUCCGAGAUGAGAAACAAAAGCUAAAAGCAGAGAAAGACAAACUCGAGCAGCAUCUGAAGGCGUUGAACACUCAACCUGGAUUUUUACCACACCCUCCUGCAAUGUCUUCCCCUUUUUCAACCCCACAUCAAGUCUUUGCAAGCAAAAUGAUGCCAUAUCUUGGCUACCCUGGGAUCCCUAUGUGGCAGUUUGUGCCUCCUGCUGCAGUUGAUACCUCAGAAGAUCAUUCUCUCCGUCCUCCAGUUGCUUAAAUUGUGGUGACUUCUUGUUACCAGAAUUAUGCAAACAUUUGUUUCCUAUGUCAACAAUUUUGUUGACGUUUUCUGACAUUUUGUUAUCCUAAUAUGAGCAGAUUGGUACAUAUACUAUAAUGAGGUAGGUGAUCAACUGAUUAUGCACACUAAAAUGUAAAUCUCGUUGAAGUUUACAUGAAUACCUACCUUAUGUUAUAUCAUCUGACCAAACAUAGCAUCCUCAAGACAUGCUAUUCUUGGUUGUUCAGUUUUGACUCUGA